CUCUUCAACAACUGCAGCCUCCUCGGUAGCUCGCUUGCUAACAUUGUCGAAACAUUCAAGCUCUUUAGACAAUUUCGUGGUUUAUUUGCGACUAUGUUUUAAACGCACUUCUGUGGAAGCAACUAGUUACACCAUUUAAUGUCAUAUUGACGUUGUUGUCAGUCAGCUAGCUGGCUGGUUAAGUUAGCACUAGUUUAGCUAACAUCCCCGACCAUGAGUUUACUAUGCUACUCUCUUCCUGCUAAAGAAGACGUUUGGUGGACGGAGAAAGGAACUAUCGUGAAAGAGGAGGCUGUUACCGUCAAAAAAGAAGUUAAAGGUGAGGCUGUUACGGUGAAAGAGGAGGAAGACGCGUUCAAUUUGAAAGAGGAGGAUUACGAUUUUGGAGUGGAGGAGGAAGAUAAGGAGAUUAAUGUCACAUUGGAGGAGGAAGAAGCAGAAAAGAAGACUGGAGAUCUGAUUAACUCCAGAGAGAGACCAGACUCUCACUCUGACAGCGGGACGAGUCCUUCAGGGGAUCCAGACCCAGAGAUUCCCAAACCAGCGACACGACACAACUGCUCCCAGUGUGGAAAGAGUUUUAAGUGGUUAUGUAAACUCAAAGAGCAUGAGAGAACACACACAGGAGAAAAGCUCUUCCAAUGCUCCCAUUGUGAAAAGAGAUUUAACCAGUCAUCACAUCUGAAAGAGCAUGAGAGAAUACACACAGGAGAGAAGCCUUUCCAAUGCUCCCAGUGUGGAACGAAAUUUACACGGUUAAGGCACCUGAAAGAGCAUGAGAGGAUACACACAGGAGAGAAGCCUUUCCAAUGCUCCCAGUGUGGAAAAGGUUUUACACGGUUAGGGAACCUGAAAGAACAUGAAAUAAUACACACAGGAGAGAGGCCUUACCAUUGCUCCCAAUGUGGAAAGAGUUUUACCCGAGUAGGGCACCUAAAAAUACAUGAGAGAAUACACUCUGGAGUGAAGCCUUACCUCUGUUCCCAGUGUGGAAAGAAUUUUAGGUGGUUAGAGAACCUAAAGCAGCAUGAAAGGACACACACAGGGGAGAAGCCUUACCAUUGCUCUCACUGUGGAAAGGAUUUUACCACAUUAGGGAACGUAAAAGAGCAUGAGACGAAACACACAGGAGAAAAACCUUUCCAAUGUUCCAAGUGUGGAAAAAGUUUUACACAUUUAGGAAGUCUGAAAAGGCAUGAAGCAAUACACACAGGAGAAAAACCCUACCACUGCUCUCAGUGUGGAAAGAGUUUUACCCAGUUAGGGUAUCUGAAAAAACAUGAGAAAAUACACACUGGAGAGAAGCCUUACCACUGUCCCCACUGUGGAAAGAGUUUUACCCGGAUAGGAAGCCUUAAAGAGCAUGAGAGGAUACAUACAGGAGAAAAGCCUUUCCAAUGUUUCCAGUGUGGAAUGAGUUUUACCCAUUUAUUGAGCCUGAAAAAUCAUGAAGGAAUACACACAGGAGUGGAGAAGACCUACCACUGCUCUCAGUGUGGAAAGAGUUUUUCCCACUUAGGGAACCUGAACAAACAUAAGAGAAUACACUCUGGAGAGAAGCCUUAUCCCUGUUCCCAUUGUGGAAAUAAUUUUAGGUGGUUAGGAGACCUGAAGGAGCAUGAGAAGACACACACAGGGGAGAAACCUUACCACUGCUCCUUGUGCGGAAAGGAUUUUACCAAGUUAGGGAACCUAAAAGAGCAUAAGAAGAAACACACAGGAGAAAAGCCCUACCAAUGCUCCCUGUGUGGGAAGACUUUUACCCAGUUAGGGGGCCUGAAAUAUCACGAGAGGACGCAUACAGAAAAAAAGACCUACCACUGCUCUCAGUGUCAAAAGAUAUUUACCCGGUUAGGGAACCUGAAAAAGCAUGAGACAAUACACACACUUAGGUGAGGAUAAGACCGUCCAUUGCUCCCCAUGUGGAAAGAGUUUAGGUCAGUUAGGGAACCUGAAAGAGCAUGAAACACAAAUACAGCAGAGAAGCCUUACUACUGCUCUAAUUGUGGAAAGACAUUUUCCUAGUCAGACGACCUGAAAUAAGGUUUUGUUUAUAUGAAAUCAUAUUGUACAGCUUUCCCAGGACUGCCGUGCAGAAGAAAUACCUGUAGAGACGCACAAGAUUGAACUUCACUUCACUUUUUACUUUGCCCCGUUAACACUAUCAACGUUUCCCACUACUGAAAUGGGGAAUUAUUAUUAUUAUUAUUAUACUACUAUGGGAAUUGUGAAUUAAUCAACCUAAUAUCAGCCCCUUUCAAUGCAAAACAAAUCUAACUAUGCAAGACUUAGUCUGUGAUUUUUUUUAAAUCAUUUUUUUAGGCAGAGUGCGUGGGAGGAGGAUUCUAUCGCACUGAAAAGUCAGGUGCGGCAGUGAGUGGAUGUGCUUGUUUUGAAAUCAAACCAUGUUUAUAUUAUAUCCUGGUGUUCUAUCUAUCUAUUCUACACAGUUGUUCAUGUUUUUUUUGCUAGUUAUUAGCCCAGUUCUAGCUCAUUUCUGGUCAGCAAUGGGGAGUGAUGGCUUCCUACGGGUACAUUUCUAGCCAUCUUUGAAAAGCAAGUAAGAUUAAAAAAAUAUAUAUAUAUCUUAAAGGGAGAGGGUUGUAUUUUGAGACAAGCUUGAAUAAGCUAACUGGCCAAUAGGCAAAGGGUAUUAUAUGUUUUUGUCUGACUGUAUUGAUUAUAGUAUGGGAAUAAUAAUGACUUUUAUUUUGAAAAGUGGUUUCUUGCAUCAUACAUUACAACAACAUUUUCAGUCACCUACUUGUCUGAAGGCUAAAAAGUCAAGCCCUGCAUGUUUUCAAAAGUCUCAUGGAAUGUAGGGCCUACAUUGAACACCACACAUUGGCUGCUACUCUAGGCUGAAUGAUAGAACAGCUAUUUCCAUGUUAAAAUGUUAUGGGGUGCAUUUUCUCCAUUGUUUUUGAUGGUAGACCACUCUGGUAAUAGACCAUUUAAAAUUACGUGAGGAGACAGGAGAAAAGCCCUACCACUGCUCCCAGUGUGAAGCGUUUCAACCAGCUACAGCACCUAAAAUCACAUGACAGGAAACACAAAUGAGAAUCUACCACUGCUCUCUGUGUGGAAAGAGAUUCAUCCGGUCAGAGGAGCUGAAAUCACAUGAGAGAAUAGAGAGGCUGUGUUCUGACAUAUGUUUUUGACUGAGAAUAUAUGUUUUUGUUUAUGCCACACAAAACCAAAUUGUAUAUAUGAAAGCUUGCUCAAAAAUAGGCCUACAUUUCUUUGUCAUCUCGAGACAUGGUCAUAUCUAAAUUUAGAUUAAAAUUCAUAAAAAGUGUUUUAUUUUGAUUACGAACGUAGUGAUUGGAUAAAGUAUAAACCCUUAAAUGUUGUUUAUUAUGGAUAUUGCCCUUAAAUGUUUAAUUAUUAUAUAGCUGGAUGGAAUUUUCCCUUUCUUGAUUUUAACCUUGAAACCCCUUGAAUUUAAUUGGAUGAUUUGGAUAUUGAUAAAUACAUUUGAUUGGAUAUUGAUAAAUACAUUUGAAUAUAUGAUUUGGAUUUCUCAACAACAAAAAAUGUGAUUGGAUUCAUGAUUUGGAUAUUGCAAAAUGUACAGUAUUAAAUGGAUGACUAUAAUGGGCAUACAAUUAAUUAUAACCUUGAAACCACUUGAAUUGAGUCGUUUAGUUUCAUUGAGAUAAUUUGUGUAAUAUUCAUCAAGCUAAUUAAUACAUUUUUUCACUUUUUCAUUCCGGGAUAUUGUGAUGUCAUUAUGGGAUAGUGUGAUGUCAUUAUGGGAUAUUGUGAUGUCAUUAUGGGGUAUUGUGAUGUCAUUAUGGGGUAUUGCGUGUAGAUGGGUGAGGGGGAAAUAUAUAAUUAAUACAUUUUGAAUUCGGGCUGUAACAAUAAAAUGUGGA